CUUUAAUUGUUGUUUCUUUCGUAAUUUCGUUAAUGUUGCCAUUUUUUUUCUCUGGUCUUUGGGAAGUGGGGGGUUUUGUUAGGUUCUCUGUUGAAUCGUCCAUCGAGUUCGGUUCCGAUUGUUGGUGUUUGAAUCUUCAGCCGCUCUUGCGCCGGGCCCUGUAAUGGUGCCUCUGAAUUUCGUAAUUUCGGCUAAACUCGAGCUGCCUGAACUCGUGGUUAUUCGGGAAGCUUGGGUUUUAGGGAGGGAAUCUCAUUAUCGCCUUCCAAUUCUCGGAAUUGGGAAGUGGAACUGAUCCGUUUGAUGCAAUUUCACUCUUCUGGGUACUGAAACAUUCAGAUUGGAGCAUGCAAAGGAGCCUCUCUUUUCGAUAAUUUUCCUUUACAUAGAUAUGGCCUCAUCAAGCAGAUGAUGAAUAUAUGCUUAGUGAAGAACAUCCUGGAGUCUGUUCUUUCAGAUGAUUGGUAGUAUAUAUAUUAUGAUUGCAGUGCCAUCAUGGGCAUCUGUCUGAUGAAAUGCUACUCCCCAUGGUUUCUUUUGAUCUCAAUGCUUUGCUCCCUAACAAAUGAAAUUCACGCCAUUAGUCCCGAUGGUGAGGUGCUUCUGAGCUUCAGAAAUGCAAUUACUAGCUCUGAUGGUGUCAUUCGUCAGUGGAGACCAGAGGAUCCCGAUCCAUGUAAAUGGAAGGGAGUGACAUGUGAUGGGAAAUCCAAAAGAGUUACAGCUUUGAGUCUUACAUAUCAUAAACUAAGUGGACCUUUAUCUCCUGAUCUCGGAAAACUUGACCAGUUGAAGCUUUUAAUGCUUCACAACAAUAAUUUUUAUGGGUUAAUACCUACAGAAUUGGGAAAUUGCACAGCAUUGCAGGGAAUAUACUUGCAGGGCAAUUACUUGAGUGGAUCGAUCCCAAGUGAACUGGGAAACCUGUCUGAGCUUCAAAAUCUGGACAUCUCGAGCAACUCUCUCGGAGGAGCAAUACCUGUCUCGCUUGGGCAUUUGGAAAAGCUUACAAACUUCAAUGUCUCAAACAAUUUUCUGGUGGGGCAGAUACCAUCUGAUGGAGUGUACGUUAAAUUUUCAAAGGACUCCUUCAUUGGAAACCUUAAAUUGUGUGGAAAGCAAAUAGAUGUUGAGUGCAAAGAUGACAAUGGAAACCCUUCUGGAGAUUCCCAUUCUACAACAGGUCAAAACCAAGGAGGGAAGAAGAACUCGGGCAGGCUCCUCAUCAGCACCUCAGCAACUGUCGGUGCAUUGCUCCUAGUGGCACUUAUGUGUUUCUGGGGAUGCUUUCUUUAUAAAAAGCUCGGUAAAGUUGAGAGCAAAAGCCUUGCCAUGGAUGUUGGUGGAGGUGCAUCUAUUGUGAUGUUCCAUGGAGAUUUGCCCUACUCUUCAAAGGACAUUAUUAAGAAACUGGAAAUGUUGAACGAAGAGCACAUAAUUGGCAUUGGAGGAUUUGGAACAGUGUACAAGCUCGCCAUGGAUGAUGGCAAUGUAUUUGCAUUGAAAAGAAUCGUAAAGCUGAACGAAGGGUUUGAUCGGUUUUUCGAGAGGGAGCUCGAAAUUCUCGGGAGCAUCAAGCAUCGUUACCUCGUGAAUCUACGUGGAUAUUGCAAUUCCCCGACAUCAAAGCUAUUGUUAUAUGAUUAUCUGCCUGGCGGUACCCUUGAUGAAGCUCUUCAUGAAAGAGGAGAGCAACUGGACUGGGAUUCACGCGUAAAUAUAAUCGUAGGAGCAGCAAAAGGGUUAGCGUAUUUACAUCACGAUUGUUCUCCGAGGAUUAUACAUCGUGAUAUUAAGUCGAGCAAUAUUUUGCUCGACGGAAAUCUCGAGGCUCGGGUUUCCGAUUUUGGACUCGCCAAGUUGUUAGAGGACGAGGAAUCUCAUAUUACAACCAUUGUAGCAGGAACUUUCGGAUACUUGGCUCCAGAGUAUAUGCAGAGUGGAAGAGCGACUGAGAAGACCGAUGUGUACAGUUUCGGGGUUUUGGUUCUUGAAGUAUUGAGUGCAAAACGUCCCACCGAUGCCUCGUUCAUUGAGAAAGGCCUCAACGUUGUCGGAUGGCUGCAUUUCUUGAUCAGCGAAAACCGAGCUCAGGAAAUUAUUGAUACGAACUGUGAAGGGGUGGAGAUGGAUAGCCUCAAUGCUCUUGUAUCAAUCGCGACGAAGUGCGUAUCGUCCAGCCCGGAAGAGCGGCCCACGAUGCAUCGGGUUGUCCAGUUGCUCGAAUCCGAGGUCAUGACCCCUUGCCCCAGCGAUUUCUACGAUUCCAACUCCGAUUGAUCGUAUAAAUUGCCAUUUUAGAACCCCGAAAGAGGGGUUUUUUCCGUUUUCGGGGAAAUUCUCGAUUCUGAUUUGGCUCUUCAAGGAUUUUUCGGGAGGGUGAUGAUGAUGAUGCCUCAAGAGCUGUACCAUUUCCCAGCGAUGGAGUGAAGUCGUAGAUGCCAAUUUCUUCUUCCCCGAGUUUUCAAGCCAUUCAUUUCGGGCUCUUUCUUCUUUUUCUUUUUUUUUUGUUUUUCUGUGUUGAAUUGGCUCUGAAAUUGGCAAAAGUCUUCAUUUUGAAUAUUAUGAUAUUAAAUGUAUAUGACGUUUCUUUGUAGAAAAAUUUGCUCUCCCUCCCUCCUGUAUAUCUUCUGAUCUGAAUAAUCCAUUGUUCCUUUGUCUCU